AUGAACGGCGCGAAGCCAUGUCGGGCGCCUUUACCGCGAGAGUUGCAUCUUCAGAUCUUAAAGCAUGUCGCAAAUGCCCACGGCUCACCGACCUCGCCCAGUCGCGGCAUAGCAGGCUACGCCAGCGUAUCCAAUGAUUGGCAAGAUUACUUCGAGAGUCCAAUAUACAAGAACUUCAUUCUGCGGCUGCAAGACCUCAUUCCAUUCAGGGAGCACAUACAAAGCCCCAGGAGGCGCCGCUAUGUCCGGCACAUCUGGCUUCGCCUUGAGGAGCCUCAGCUCGAAGAGGAUGGCCCGGCUUUACCGUGGAAUCAAUCAUGGAGCCCAUUUGCUACAGCUGCGCUGUAUCUAUGGAAACCUCUGGCGUCAUGGGAAGUUGACCAGGCCGGAGAAGGAUUAACGCUCUAG